CCGGGACCGGCGGCCGCCGCCCUCCCGGUGGCACCAUGAGCCGCCGCGACCGCGACCCCCGGGCGUCGCCGCCCCUCCCCGUGGCCCCGGGGCGGCUGGCGGCGGCGGCGGCGGCGCGGGGCGCGGAGCGGGAGGAACUGGCGGCGCUGAACGAUCGUUUCGCCGCUUUCCUGGAGCGGGUGCGGGCGCUGGAGCGGCAGAACGGGACCCUCCGCGCCGCCCUGGGCCGCGCCGCCGCCGCCACCGGGCCCCGCACCGGGCUGGUGCAGGGGGAGCUGCGGGGGCUGCGGGAGCGGCUGGAGCGCCUCGGCCGCGACCGGGACCGGCUCCAGGCCGAGCGGGACGGGCUCGCCACCGACCUGGCGGCCCUGCGGCAGCGGCUGGAAGAUGAGACACAGAAGCGUGAGGAUGCAGAGAAGACCCUGGUGCUGUUCCGCAAGGACUUGGACCACGCCACGCUGUCCCGCCUGGAGCUGGAGCGCAGGGUCGAGCUGCUCAUGGACGAGAUCGGCUUCCUCAAGAAGCUGCACGAGGAGGAGCUGCGGGACCUGGAGGUGAGCGCCCCGAGCCCGGCGGGGCCGGCGGAGGUGGAGGGCUGCAAACCGGAGCUGACGGCGGCGCUGCGCGAGAUCCGCACCCAGUACGAGAGCAUCGCCGUCAAGAACCUGCAGGAGGCCGAGGAGUGGUACAAGUCGAAGUUCGCCGACCUGUCGGACGCGGCCAACCGCAACCACGAGGCCCUGCGCCUGGCCAAGCAGGAGAUGAACGAGUCCCGGCGGCACAUCCAGAGCCUGACCUGCGAGGUGGACGGGCUGAAGGGCAUGAACGAGGCGCUGCAGCGGCAGAUGCGGGAGAUGGAGGACGAGUUCGGGGAGGAGAUCGGCAACUACCAGGCCGCGGUGGGGCGGCUGGAGCAGGAGAUCCAGCAGAUGAAGGAGGAGAUGGCGCGGCACCUGCGCGAGUACCAGGACCUGCUCAACGUCAAGAUGGCCCUGGACAUCGAGAUCGCCACGUACCGCAAGCUGCUGGAGGGCGAGGAGAGCCGGAUCACCGUCCCCCUGCACCCAACCACCUCCUUCAGCGUGAGAAGCUCAGUGCUGGAGCCCCAGCCCGUGGAGAUCCCGGCACGAAGGACGGUGCUCAUCAAAACCAUCGAGACCCGGGACGGGCAGCAGGUGGUGACGGAGUCGCACAAGGAGCGGGCAGGGAAGUGACGGAGGGGACCCGCCGGGGUGGCCGCUCUGCCGGACCCCCCCAGACCCCCCCACGCGGGGCACGGAGCAGAGCGGGGGGGGCCGGGAGCCCCCCACCCCUAAUCCCUGCUGCCGGCACCGUGGGGCGAUGCCGCGGUGUGUCCCUGUGCCUUGUGUGUCCCCCCCGUGCCUUGUCCCCCCCCCCCGUGCCUUGUCCCCCCCCCCCGUGCCUUGUCCCCCCCCCCGUGCCUUGUCCCCCCCCUAUUUUAUUUCUCGCUAUUUAUUGUUCUCCCAAGCACAGCCCGGCCGUGUUUCACAGCGACCCUUCCCCGGGGGGGUCCCGGCGCCCCUCCCGCCACCGGAGCGGGCCCCGGCUGUCCCCGGGGCUGGGGGGUCCGGUGUCCCCCCCGCGCUGUCCCCUCCGGUGUCACCCCCCCGGGACCGCCAGGGGGCGCCCUCGGCCGCUUUAAUUGCGCGUUAAUUACCGGCUUAAUUACGGCGUGACGAGGCUUUGGGGGCGGGCGGGGAAAACGCCCCGAUUUCCAUAAUCGCGUUAUUUUUAAGCGAUUUUUUUUCGUUUUUUUUUUCUUUUUCGGAUCGUUUCGGCCGCGUUGUUUUAAACCGGAUCGCGCAAAAAAAUCGCGUUGCCGUGACGCGAAAUUCGCUUGUUAGUUUUGCUACCUUGAGCAAAUUCUGUAUCACUUUAAAGCGAUUUUGCAUCGUUGGUUGGAUCAUUACAAGCAAAUUACGCAAAAUUGCAUCUCAAGCAAUUUUUUGCACCAUUAAUUACAUCGUUUUAACCAAAUCGUGCAAAGUUGUGUUCUUUAAACAAAUUUUUGCACGCCUAAUUGCAUUAUUUUAACAACAUUUUGCAUGAAUGGGCUACUUUAAGCAAUUCCUGCAUCGUAAAUUCCGUUAUUUUCAGAAAAUGGCAUUAUUUUAAGUAUUUUUCACAUUAUUGCCACUUUAAGCAAAUACAAAAUUGCCUUAUUUCAGGCCA